AUGCUGCCCGCGGACUGCUCGCGCCGGCUAGUGGCCGAGCUGCGGAGCGCCCUGGACGCCUGUGCAGAGCGACAACUGCAACUGGAGCAGAGCCUGCGCAUCUCUCGUCGGCUGCUACGGGCCUGGGAACCAGUCGGGACCUUGGCUCCAGAGCCACUUCUAGGUCCAGAAACUAAAGAAGAGGAUCCCUCUACAGCAUGUACCCCCAGCCCCAAAGACAUCAAGGAGCUGGAACUUCUGACCCAGGCCCUGGAGAAGGCUGUACGGGUGCGAAAAGGCAUUUCUAAGGCUGGAGGAAGAGAUAAGGCCCCCAGCCUGAAAUCUGGGUCCUUUGCCACCUCUUCUGGCACCACAGCUUCUAUCUUACCCCAGGCCUCAGGCCAGGCUGGCAACCGUGCAUCAGAUGCAAAACCCACCAGGGACACCCACCAGACCACAAUGCCUGCCAAGGGCCACUCUGAGCACAGGCUUCCCUCAGCAGGGGAGAGGGCCCAUGUGAGGGAAGGAGCCCAAGCCACCAGGCCUGGGCCAGGGCUCAGGGACCAACAGGUGGCCCCAUCAACUGCUCCUCAGAACCCAGAAGCCUUCACACUCCAGGAGAAGGGGAGCAUGCUGCAGCUUCCUACAGCCUACAGGAAGGCAGCUUCCCAGAAUUCCCGCUUGUGGGCCCAGCUCAGCUCUGCACAGUCCAGGGAUUCCACGGAUGUCAUUGCUGCCAAAACCCAGUUUCUCCAGAAGAUGCAGGCAGCUUCAGGCCAGCCUGGCCCUGCACUCAGUGCUGCUGAGGCUGAGGCAGAAUUGGGACACCUGAAGGAGGCCUGCUCACAGCUGAGACUGCGCAUGAGGGAGGAGCUCUCGGCAGCUCCCACGGACUGGACACAGGAAUACCAUUGCCUGCUCACCCUGGAGGGGCUGUGGGCCAUUGCUGGGCAGUAUCUCCACCGGCUGCAGCAGCUUCAUACAGUGCUGGCAGAGAAGCCACUGGGACCAUGUCCUGUGGGGAGGUCUUCCAGGGCCUCACUACCCUGUGGAGGUGGAGUAGAUCCCUCACGGAGCCCCCAGCUGCUGCUUUACUCCAGCACCCAGGAGCUGCAGACCCUGGCAGCCCUCAGGCUGCGAGUGGCCAUGUUGAACCAGCAGAUUCACCUGGAAAAGGUCCUAAUGACUGAACUCCUCCCCCUGGUGAGCUCUCAGGAGCCCCAGGUGCAGCCCUCCCUGGCACUGUGUCGGGCGAUCCACAGCCUGCUCUGUGAGGGAGGUGAGCGCUUCCUCACGAUCCUGCAUGAUGACCCUGACCCGGCAGACUGAAACCUUCCCAUGAGUGUCUCAACUUCUAGGCCUCAGGACCCUAUCAGGGAGAGUGCCAAAUCUGGGUGGAGGAACAAGGGGAUUCUCCCUGUUGCCAUGGAGGUGGGGACCAGAGAAGCCUGGGCCUCUGAGAAAC